AUGCUCGAAGGCACGCUUGACGACUGCUGGACAACCAUAUCGACGGUGAAGCUGCACUGGACUGUGCUUGGACUACUACCAGUGCUUUUCAUACCCAUCUUGGGACCCAGGGUGCGACAGAUAUGGGUGAACUACCUCUACCUCACGAAGAUACCUUCCCCGCAUAAGAAAGAUUACUUCUGGUUCGUCACGGAGACAAGAAGAGCUGAGUUUCUCAAUAAGUGCGCCCAAUUAUUGCACAAAGGCUUCGCCAGCGGAGACGUAAUUCGACUCCAUGCAAGUUGGGAUCACAUUGUCGUACUUUCCCCUUCUUAUGCGGAGCGUCUUCGCGCAGAUGAAAAGUUCUCUCCAGACACCUUCUCUGACAAAGAAAUGUUUGGCGCAGUUCCUGGCUUUGAACCGUACAGAUUCCUUUGCACGCACCGUGAUCUGGUCCAGAAUGUAAUAAGUAUGCGCCUCAAUCGAUGCUUCGUUCCCGCUACAAGAUACCUGUCUGAGGCCAUUGAUGAUGCUCUGAGAAAACAACUUGGGAACGAACCAGAGUGGCACGAAGUGCCUCUUGGGAAAGCUAUGCUUAGAGUUCUGACCCAGUCAACUUUCCGUGCGCUCCAAGGACCAGAGCUUUGCUACGACAAUGAAUGGCUUGACAUCGCGACGCAAUAUAUCGUGACCAGUGUCACUGGUGUCACCGCGCUUCGCAAGCUACCUAAACUUCUCGUCCCUGUGAUCCAUUGGUUUCAUCCCAAUGCCAUCAAGUCCCGACGGUUGUUAAACUGUGCCAGAGCGAAACUCUUGCCUGUCUAUGAGAAACGCAAGAAGGAGUUUUCUGAAACCAGCAAAAACGGCACUUAUCGUCCUGAAGACGCAGAUGCCUUCGGAUGGUACGAAGAGCUAGCAGACGGGCGAGACUACGAUCCCGUGGUAGCGCAGCUUACAGUUUCCGUUGCUGCGACGCACUCAACAACCGACUUCAUGUGUCAAUUCCUCUCGGAUAUGGUCAGAUAUCCUGAGUACAUCCAGCCAUUACGAGAUGAGCUCGUACUUGCGUUGAAGGAGAAAGGCUGGAAAGCCUCCACAAUCUUGCAGCUGCCCCUACUUGACAGUGUUAUGAAGGAAUCACAACGCGUAAAACCAGUUGCUAUGGCUUUCAUGAGAAGUAUCGCCCAGCAUGAUGUCGACUUGCAAGGUGCUGUGAAGAUUCCCAAGGAUGCAUCUGUCAUCGUUUCUGCUCAUUCCAUGCGGGAUGCUACGGUGUAUGAGAAACCAGACACGUUUGACGGUCAUCGCUUCAUCAAUCCGACCAAGCAUCCCGAAUCCCGACAUUUCACCAGUGUCAGCGUCAAUCACAUGGGCUUUGGAUUUGGCAAGCACGCGUGUCCGGGGCGGUUUUUCGUGAAUCUCGAAACCAAGAUCCUCAUCGCGCACUUGUUACUCAAGUAUGACUGGAAAUUUGCCUCUGAUGGCUGUCCUGCAAUCCGAACCAGUGGUUUCGAUCAAGUUGUCGAUCCUUCGGCGAAGAUGCUGAUGCGGCGACGCAAGGAGGAAAUCCGAAUUGAGGCACUGUAUGAGUAG